AUGGCAAGAGCUCCACCUCUAUUCUUGUCGAUUGUGUUGUUCUGUUAUUGGAUAGCAGUAUCAAAUGCCGGUUACGCACUAUAUCAAGACCCCAAACAGCCCGUCUCCAAGAGAGUCGAGGAUCUUUUGAGCAGAAUGAGCUUGGCAGAAAAAGUUGGCCAGAUGACACAAAUCGAACGAGCAGUAGCAUCAGCUGAUGUUAUGAAGAAGUAUUACAUAGGAAGUGUACUAAGCGGGGGAGGUAGCGUCCCGGGCCCACAAGCGUCCGCUGAGAUGUGGAUCGACAUGGUGAAUGGUUUUCAAAAGGGUUCAUUGUCUACACCUCUCAAGAUACCAAUGUUGUACGGUAUCGAUGCUGUUCAUGGCCACAACAAUGUCUAUAAUGCUACCAUUUUUCCCCAUAAUAUCGGUCUCGGAGCUACUAGGCAAAUUAUUACACUCUUUUUCUGCAGAGAUCCUCAAUUGGUGAAGAAAAUAGGAGCUGCAACGGCUCUGGAAGUCAGAGCUACAGGCAUUCCUUAUGUCUUUGCACCUUGCAUUGCGGUGUGUAGAGAUCCAAGAUGGGGUCGAUGUUACGAAAGUUACAGUGAAUAUCCAGAGUUGGUUCGAAACAUGACUGAAAUUAUACUUGGAUUGCAAGGCGAUAUACCUGCAAAUUCUGCCAAGGGCGUCCCAUUCCUAGCUGGCCAGAACAACGUAUUAGCAUCGGCCAAACACUAUGUGGGGGAUGGUGGGACCACAAAUGGCAUAAACGAGAACAACACGGUUGUUAGCUGGCACGACUUAGAGACCAUCCACAUGCCAGCUUACUUGGACUCGAUCAGCAAGGGCGUGGGGACAAUCAUGGUAUCAUACUCAAGCUUGAAUGGCGUCAAAAUGCAUGUCAAUGGUAAACUCAUAACCAACUACCUCAAGAACAAGUUGAAAUUCGAGGGAUUUGUCAUUUCAGACUGGGAGGGAAUAGACAGAAUCACGUCUCCCCCUCACUCCAACUAUACGUACUCGAUUCUUGCUGGUAUCAAUGCUGGCAUUGACAUGGUCAUGGUUCCAAACAACUACACAGAGUUCAUCGAUGGCCUAACCUCAUUGGUGAAGAGAAACUUUAUCAGCAUGACCCGAAUAGAUGAUGCCGUGAGAAGGAUUCUGCGAGUCAAGUUCACGAUGGGUCUGUUCGAACACCCAUUGGCCGACUAUAGCAUGAUCAAGCACCUGGGAAGUCAGGAACACAGGGAACUAGCAAGGGAAGCUGUAAGAAAAUCACUUGUGCUGCUAAAGAAUGGUGAAUCUGCAGAUAAGAGACCAUUGUUGCCACUACCUAAGAAGGCAUCAAAGAUUCUAGUUGCCGGGACCCACGCUGACAAUAUCGGCUACCAGUGUGGUGGCUGGACGAUCAAAUGGCAGGGACAGUCUGGCAAUAUUACAGCCGGGACCACGAUUUUGACAGCAAUCAAGGAUGCAGUCGAUAAAAACACACAAGUCAUUUUCAGCGAAAACCCACGUCCCAAAUUACUAUCACAAAAUUUCUCGCACGCCAUUGUUGUUGUGGGGGAGCCACCAUAUGCCGAAACAUUUGGAGACAACCUAAACCUGACCCUUCCCGAUCCAGCACCCACCAUUAUCAAAAAUGUUUGUGCCUCGAUCAAUUGCGUAGUUGUUUUGAUCACAGGCCGGCCAGUCGUGAUAGAGCCAUAUCUAUCACAAAUCGAUGGCCUUGUGGCGGCUUGGCUUCCGGGAACCGAAGGCCAUGGUGUUGCCGAUGUACUGUUUGGUGACUAUGGUUUCACGGGUAAAUUGCCACGCACGUGGUUCAAGACUGUUGAACAACUCCCGAUGAACAUUGGUGACAAGCAUUAUGACCCGUUGUUCAGUUUUGGAUAUGGGCUCACAACUGAUUCCGUAAAGGGCAACUAA